AUGUGCAAUCCGAAAGCAUAAGCAAGUUUAAAUAAUGUUGCUAAAUAGAAUUAAAAUAAAAAACCUUAAACUAAAAGAAUUGUCGAGUCUGAUGAUGAUUCUGAGGAAAGUGAGGAUGAAUUAAUGGACGAAGAUAGCUUAGUGGAAUCAAAUAGCGAUCAUUUCAACCAUAGUGAAGAAGAAGAGGUUAAGAACUCCAAAGCUAAAAAAAAGCCAUAGAUAUCUAAUGGUGUGAAUAACAAAUCAAAGCAAAGCAAGCUUAUUUAGAACAAUAAAACUGAAGUGACUAAAAAGCCAUUGAUAAGUUAGAAAAUGGAUUUAGGGGCUACUUACUCAUAAUGCAGAAAGAUAAUGAAUUUGCUUAAGAAAAACAAAAGGGCGACAUCACUUCCUGAAUUUCUCAAUAAACUUAAAAUUUUAGAGAAUAAAUUCGAAUCAAACUCAAUUAAGGAUAUUUAUGAUUUCUAAACUCAAAUUUAAUAGAUAUUUGUAGAAAUUACAGCAAUGGUCAAAUCAAAUUAGGAACUUAAGGCCUAGUGUAUAGAAGUUUCUUAACUUUUUGUUGAUCUAUUUGAGGAAUUUACCUCUGAUUUAUAAUAGAAUUCAGAUGCUGUAACUCAGUAAUAAACUAAGGCAAUUGAAAGUAUAGCACCAAUAGCAUAGAAAAAGAUAAAAGAUAUGGAGAGACAAAUAAACUCGCUAACUUCAUAGAUUACAGAUAUGAAGUACCAAUAACAGCAGAAUAUAAUAUAAAGUUCCCCAUUACAGACAAAAAAUAACAGAAACUAGGGAGCAAGUAAUAAUAACAACAACAACAGACGACAAUAAAGUAAUGGCAAUGUCUAAAGAAAUCAAGAUAAACCCAUGACUGAAUAAGAGGUAAAUGCAUUGACAAAUUUUAUAACCAAAUUGAAACCUGAAGAUUAACUAGGCAUUAAAGAAAUUAUUAAAGGUACACCAGGUGUAAGAAUUGAAGGAGAUGUUUUAGAGUUUCAUCCAUCAACUCUGCCACCAAGGAAGUAAAGAGAAUUGGAGCGAUAUGUAAAAUUAAAACUAGGACUUGUUAAAAGUAACGGCAAAAAGAAGCCUCCUGCUACUAAUAAUGCACUUUAGAAGGGCCAAUCUUUAGAUAAAAAUGGUCAAGUUCGCAAUGUAAACUCUAUUAGUAAUUAGCCUGGAGUUCCAAAUCAGUUAUUGCAAUAAUAAAAUGGAAGAUAGUUAUCACAUCCUUACCAAUCGGCUUAAUCUCCUUAAUUUCCCUAAGGCUAGCAUAUAAUGGGAUAACUAUAUAGCUCAACAACUUAAAAUUAAAAAGACCUAAAUAAUAGUGAUAGCAGCGACUCAGAUUCAAGUUCGGAGGAGGAAGAUUGCAAGAAUGUAAAAAAUAUAUCCAAUUGCUCAACAAAUGCCUAAAAUAGUAUGUCUUGUAAUUCUCUGCCUUAAAGCAAUCAACAUCAAGCCUAAAAUAAGUCUUACUACAGUGGACUUAAUCUUAAGGACUUAUGGAUGAAGGGCCGUGAAUUGAAAUAAAAAACUGAGUUAUAGCAAUAGUAAUAGCAAUAGCAGUCUCUAGCGGAGUAGAAGGCUGAUCAACCUUAAAAUGUAAAUAAUUCAGUAGCAAAUUGA